GAAGAAAUUACUACAGCUGUGUUCCUUCUGAGAUCUGUCAGCUCAUGGAAGAGGCUGUUGUCAGACGUAUACCGCCUUUCAACAAUGUGUUAAAAUUGCAGACUUUGCUCCCAGAAGAUACUGAUGACUGGUUGGUUUGUUCUUGCAGGAAAAGACUGUACCAAUUCCUGAAAAACUGAAUGAAUGGGCACCACGACCUCCCCCGGAGUUUGUUAGAGAUGUGAUGGGUUCCAGUGCUGGAGCUGGGAGUGGAGAGUUUCAUGUGUACCGGCAUCUUCGCCGGCGAGAGUACCAAAGGCAAGAUUUCAUGGAUGCCAUGGCUGAGAAGCAAAGACUAGAUGAGGAAUUCCAGAAGAAACUGGAGAGGAAUAAGAUGAUUGCAGAAGAACAAACAGCAAAACGCAGAAGGAAGCGACAGAAGUUAAAAGAGAAGAAACUGCAAGCUAAGAAAAACAAACUUGAACAAAAGAAGCAGGAAAAAGAACCUGAUCAAUCUCAAGAGCAAGUCAGCAGCGAGGAUGAUGAAGAGGAUAGCAAGGAGGAGGAAGAGAAGGAAGAUGAUGCUGAAGAGCCCAGUUUUGUGAUGGGAAGAGGAUGAGGCCUUUCAGGGACAGCUGGAAACACUGUUCAUUGCUUUACAUUCAGGAGCAUGAAAGUCAUCUCAGCCAAGCAGAACCCAU